AUGGAUGUGAUCAUAAGGCAGCAGAGGGACCGCGCGGCGCGCGGCGGCGGCAGCGGCGUCGGGAGCGCGCUGGGCGGGGUGGACACGCGGAAGCUGCGCGGCAAGAUCGAGCACGCGAUCAAGGUGAUGCAAGAGGGGCUGGUGGAGAGGGACACGGAGGUGCGGCUACUGGUGCUGGCAGCGCUGGCGGGCGAGCACGUGCUGUUCAUCGGGCCGCCAGGCACAGCCAAGUCGGAGGUCGGGCGGCGGCUGAGCGGGCUGAUCGAGGGGCAGUACUUUGAGCGGCUGCUGACGAGGUUCUCGGUGCCAGAGGUGUUCAAGGCGAACAGCGCCAUCCUCAACACGCUCCUCACCAUCCUGAACGAGCGCCAGUUUGACAACGGGACGUCGCGGCUCAGGGUGCCGCUGGUGACGCUGGUGGGCGCCAGCAACGAGCUGCCGGAGAGUGAGGAGCUGGACGCUCUCUAUGACAGGUUCCUGGUCCGGAAAAGGGUGGGCCAGGUCUCGGCGGCAGGCCUGACGCAGCUGCUCGAUUACUACGCCGGCAGCGACGGCCCCGACGGCCUCAACGGCGGCAUCGGCGCGAGCGUGCGCGCCGGCAGCGGCGGCGCGGCGGGGGUGGCGGUGGCGAUCGACCCGUCCCGGCGGCUGACGCUUAGGGAGAUCGCCUCUGUGCGGCAGGAGGCGGUGCGGCGCGUGAAAGUGCCGCAGCACGUUAUCCAGCUGGUGGCAGACCUGAGGACAUACCUACAGGAGAAGAUAGAGCCGCCGGUGUACGUGUCGGACCGACGCCUGGUCAAGGCAGUGGCCCUCAUGCAGGUUUGGGGGUGGUGGGGCGACCUGUCCCGACCACCCUCACCCCUCUCCCCCUGA